GGGAGCAGGGGGCUGAGCUGAUCCCACGUGUGACGCUUUCAUUCCCGGCUCAGUAAUAUUCUCAUAGCGGGGCUUUGCAUAUCUCCUGCCGUAUCUGUGUGUGUCUGUCACUGUGACUGUAGUUCCCAGCCUAUAGUUUGAAAUAGAUAUGGAAGGAGACGGCAGUCAAGCCACAUCCGGAAGCCUAAAUGAUUCACAACAUGACCCGGGUAAAAUGUUUAUCGGUGGCCUCAGCUGGCAAACCUCACCAGACAGCCUUAGAGACUAUUUUAGUAAAUUCGGAGAAAUAAGAGAAUGUAUGGUGAUGAGAGACCCCACGACAAAACGUUCAAGAGGAUUUGGGUUUGUUACGUUUACAGAUGCUGCCAGUGUAGAUAAAGUCUUAGCCCAACAACACCACGAAUUAGACUCAAAGACGAUUGAUCCUAAGGUUGCCUUUCCCCGUCGUGCCCAGCCUAAGAUGGUCACAAGAACAAAGAAAAUAUUUGUGGGUGGCUUGUCAGCCAAUACAGUAGUGGAGGACGUGAAGCAGUAUUUUGAACAGUUUGGGAAGGUUGAUGACGCCAUGCUUAUGUUUGAUAAGACUACUAACAGACAUAGAGGAUUUGGUUUCAUAACUUUUGAGAGUGAAGACAUCGUAGAGAAAGUCUGUGAAAUUCAUUUUCAUGAAAUCAAUAACAAAAUGGUAGAAUGUAAGAAGGCCCAGCCCAAGGAGGUGAUGUUCCCACCAGGUACACGAGGGCGAGCCAGGGGUCUGCCCUACACCAUGGAUGCCUUCAUGCUGGGGAUGGGCAUGCUGAGUUACCCUAAUAUUGUGGCAACGUAUGGCCGCGGAUACACUGGAUUCGCACCCAGCUACAGCUACCAGUUCCCUGGCUUCCCAGCGACAGCGUACGGACCGGUGGCGGCAGCGGCGGUAGCAGCAGCGCGUGGCUCAGGUAGGGGGGCCCGUGGAAGAGGCGGCUACUUGGCGUACCCACAGAGCACAGGGCCAGGCCUCCCCGAUUAUGGGUUUUACUCUGCGCCCAGUGACCAGAGGGGGGGGCCCUGCUCCUUUGCUGACUAUGGCUCCCUGGGGCCCCAAGCGGCUCAGAUGCUGCACAGUGAGCAUGCCACCUCCGCCUGCAACUCCCCCCUCCAGCACCUACACAGCCCGGAUCAAUUUAAGAACCCAGGCGCCAACCCAUCAAGGCCCGGAGGUUUCCCUGGUGCUAACAGUCCAGGGCCUGUGGCUGACCUGUACGGACCCAGCAGUCAGGAUUCGGCUGUGGGCAACUACAUCAGUGCUGCUAGCCCUCAGCCUGGCUCUGGGUUUGGCCCCAGCAUCACAGGCCCGUUGAUUGCGACAGCUUUUACAAAUGGAUACCAUUGAACAGGUGGCCGGUUGCCAUCUCAUCAGAGCAGAGUAUAUCUGGUGGCCCAGGAAAGACAGGACGAAGUUUCUAAUUGGCUUUGUGUGCAGGUGAUGCUAUCCAACUUCAAGCACUACGGCAUCACCCAGGAAAAAAGAAUGAAAGUUGGAACCAUAUGAAGAAGAAAAGUUAGUCAUCUCAGAAAAAUAACAACUGCUGUACUAUAAUCCAAACCUCCUAUAACUUUACAACCUGGUUUGGUAUGAUGUUUCACGUCGAUUUCAUUCACCUGUUUCCUUCCUCUGUUAGCUUUUGUUUUUGAUUAGUUUUUAGAAAGUCAUUUUAGUUUAACCUUAAUUUUGUGUCAUUUGAUUUUAUCUUAUAGUAUAUUUGUGUAAAUGGAUUUUUGUUUGAAGUGCGGGGGUCAUAGCCAAGAAUAUCUGCAAGUCAUGUCUUCAUCUUUGUAUUGGUUAGUGUAAAGGAGAAGUGAUUGGAUGUUCCAUUCGGUCUUUCCUUAAAAAAAAAAAGAAGCUCAGUGUGGAGGGACUCAGAGAAGAAAAAAAAUUCAAUUUUAAGGAAAACUUAAAGAGGGUAUCUAAGUAAUAAAUCUUAGUAGCUGUUUUAUUUCAUGUGAUGUCUCAUUGUUAACCAUAAUUACCUAUUUUUGGGCAAUACAAAGAGGACUCCAAUAUUUUUAUGGUCCUUUUUUAUAAGUGUUGUUUUUGUUGUUUAGAAAUAUAUAUAUAUGCUAUAACAAAUUUCAUAUAACUACAUUGUGAAUUCAAACUUGAGAAAAAGAAAUGUAGCUGUACAUAUUAUUCCAGUCACUGCAUAUAACCAACUCAGUGAGAGAAUAGCAUAUUUUUGUGAUGGUGUGUCAAAAGAACAUGUUAUAGCGUGUGAAUAGAAGAAAAAGCUGUAAACAGUUAUUAUUAUACUUUUUUCUGCUGGAAGACGGUAUAAUGACCCCAGAGACAAACAGAACACACUUGCUCUGUAAAUACUGAAGCUGAAUAAUUUUACAAGUGUCAUACCAGCAAAUUUACAAACGGUGAGUUAAGUCAACACAGUUUUAAGAACUAAAAAAAAAAAUUCAAAAAGAGCCUGAUUGGUAUCUUUUGUCUAACUGUCAAGAUAUCGGUAUCAUUUCAAAGAGCGAGAGAUAAAAAGAUGAUUUAAUCCAAAGCACACUGUACUUAGAUGUGAAGAUUAGAACUUGAACCAGGCAUUUUACAGUGCUCUGUGCAUCCUGACACUUUUAUACUCUUGAGAGGAACUUGUUAGUUGUAUGUUAUUGUUUGUUUCAUCCUGCUUGUUCCUGAUUCAUUUUUGGAACACAAUAUCUGGGCUCUGUGCUAGAGCCUUUAUGUAAUGCUUGUUCUCUGAAUCAGUUCUUUUUGAAUGAAUUAGGAAAGUAAACAUUUUGAUACCAUACCUCAGCCUUUGUGAGUUCUAUUGUGGAAUCAUUGGCAGGUUUAAUUUAUUCUAGUGGUAAAACAAACGAAAACACUGAAAGGUAAUAAAGCGAGUAAUCAUUGCACUGUGAGUAGUAAAGUACAGGCCAUUUUCCUAUUUGCACAUGUAUAUGUUGGCUUUUUAAAAAAACGGCCCUGUGCUUUGGGAUAGUAUGAAGGAUUUUUGGGGUUAAUGUAUUCCUGACUAGACAAACGCUUCAAUGUUUUGAGGUGAGUUAACAGCUUGGGAAAUAGUAACUGAUAUGUUGCAGUGUACACUUGGAUUUCUUUAUAUAUAUUAGACCCAUGUAUCACCUAAAGCUAUUUAUACAGGGUCAGAAGAAGACACUGAAUUAUUCACUAUCUGUCGCUGCACCAGGUUUUACACAGUACGUGUGGUUAAUGAUUUUACUCAUGACAAACAUUUAAUAAUAAUAUGCUCCAGAGUGCAGUCCGGUUUUUAAAAUCAUUGAUGGAAUGAAUGGUGUGUAUUCUGAAAUACUUUACCUGCGGUGUAUUUGUUGUUUUCAUUUUACCCUCCUCUUGUCUCAUUUCUUUUAUUUCUAAACAACCAGGUAAAGAAAUAUGCUGGAUAAUUCUAAAGUAAAUGAUAUGGAGGUGUGAUCAGUAAUAAUUUAAAGAGUAAAGAAAAAAAACCCUUGUAAUGUUCAAAUGUAAAAGAAAAUAAGAAAUACACAACUAUAAAAAAAGGAAAGAUGCUUCUUUGCUGAUUUCAAGUUUAAUCAGAGUUUUAUCGAUACUUUGUGGUUUAUAUAUUAAUAAUUGUAAUAUACUAUUAAAAUGUACUGUGCAUCCAUUGCUUUCUCUCUUUCCAUUCCCCAUCCUCAGAGAUCCUACUUCUUUUGUUGAUCAUUCAUGGAUUUCAUUAGUGUUUAAAGAAAUCACAGUUAACUUGUAAACAGAGUGCUGUCUUUGAUACCAGUGUAGUGGUCUUUGUUGUUCUCCCUUGCUCUACCUCUCCUUUCUCUCAUAUUUAUCCCUCUCCCUCUUGCGCUCUUUUUCUAUCUCCUGUAAUUACAAAGUAGAUGUUAUAUAGGACUCAUUAAUAUAAUACUUGUAGUGAAUAGUGGAUUUAGGACCAGUCAAGAUAGACCUUUCUCUAAAUGAUCAUGUUAUUCUGAUAUCUGCAGACAAUUAUUUUGAUAGUGGUUCAUUGUAAUUUAUUCCCUGUAUGUUUUAUUUUUGGUUUGGUUUUGCCACUCUCACAUGGUUUCAGCUAACCAAAGCUCUCGUGGAUGAACAAUAGAGAAACAGUCGCUGUAAGAUGGAAUUGUUCACAAGGCAUUAUUUGGAUCCCCACCCUUGAAUGUUUUAAUAGGGGUGUGCCAUACUACCUUAAAUGCUAACGCUAGAUAUGCAAAACUUUUAUUUUUGAUUUUUUUUUUUAAGAGGGACACAAGCUAUAAGCAUGGGAAAAGAUUUUAUGUAAGAAAUAUUUCAUAUUUUUUUAAGAAACAUACCAAUGAUUACCACAAUAGUCAUAAUAUCAGGCAUAGUGCUGUUGAAGUAACCUGUUUAAUGUUUGUACACUUUGGGGAAAAAAAUCCCAGAUGCCUCCGGUGCAGUUAUUUUUUAGAUAAGACUGUUUUUGAUCUCUUAUUUCUCUCAAAACUUGUAUUAAGAAUUCAAAUGAUUUAGAUUUGGGGAACUACUUUUUGUUGUAAUGCGUUGCCAAUGUUGUUCACACAUAUUGACAGUAUAGAGGCAUUACUGUUGAAAUUAAAAAAAAAGACAUCCUGCAAAACACUCCAUUAAACAGAAAACCUCUGGCUGUAGAGGACUUUUAGUAGGUGUUGGAUGAUAGGCUGUGUAACAAGGCUGAUUAUUAGAUGGUUAAAUGUUUGUCCUGAUACUGGACCAGCACCCUAAAGCUGUGACUUCACUGCUAAGCUAAAUCCAUAGCAGAAAAGAUUACAUUAAAACUUGAAUUGAAGUGCUCAAAGGUUCCUCAAAAUACCAUGUUAAAGGAUGUCCAGUAUUCAGACCCGCCAGAUAUACACGAGCAGCUGUGUUUCGAGCAAAACCAAACCUAUUAUAAAGCCAGUUCAAUUUCAGAGCUCAAGCUGUGUGCACACUCCCAACCACAGAUUGAGUUAUUCUGUCAGUAUAAUUUCCAUUAAACAUAAUUUAGGUUUUAUAGCAGUUAUAUAAUGUAUUUUUCACCUUGUGGGGUCUUAAAAUUGAAUACUGUUACAUUAAUAAAUAACAUUAGUGUCUAUUCAUUCUUCUCAUCCUGUAUAGACUGUCAAAUUACAUACAGUAUGUAAAGUAAUGGCAGCUGUGUUAGUGAUGCUAUUAGACACAUUAUUUCAGUGAAUCCAGAACACUGUUGUGUUAUUUCAAAAUAGGCACGUUAUCCCAAAAGACGUCCACAUGUUUAGCAAGUCACAUAAUAUUAAACUGUAUUGUUAAAAGAUAACAGUAAUGGAUCACGCCGGACACUACAAUAUAGUAUUCACCCAAAACCAUAGAAAACAACAGAAAAGCUAAAUAAAAAAUUCUUCAAAAAAUAACAUGUUCAAAGCAUUAAUGCUUAUGUUCACCUCAUUUGCACAUUUUAACGUCAAAAUUGUUUCAACAGGAACCUGAUUAUGUAUGCUUCCGUGUACUAGUUAAGUUUAAUUCUGACGGGAUAAAAGAAAGUGUUCCUCCAGUUCAUUUCCAGCACUGUCCCUUGACUUUAUCAGAAUAUUUUAUCAAAUACUAAACUGUAACUCAAACCACCAACAAGCUGAUACACGAAGCUCAUUAGGAGCCGAGUUUCCAUUUCAUCUGAAAAGCCAACAACAGUGCAACAAGUAUAAGAUGGAUUGUUUUGUUUGUUUCACUGUUGCAGCGCCUGGUGGCUCUUUUUGACUGAAAGAAAUCAACAUGAAAUGGCUCCUUUUCCCUUACACAAUAGCAAAACUGACUCCUCUAUUGUUUUGUGAUCCUGUAGCUUGGACUUUAAGGUAGCAUGGCUCUGUUGCUGUAAUUUCAUUUUAUCUUAAACUGACAGCAGUUUACAGCUGAUGAAUGUUACACAUCUUAGUAGACUAGCGUAUCCAUUUGGGGACGGGGGAGGGGUCGUGGUUUAAGAAAAUAAAAUAAUCAAAAAAGAAAAAAAGUCAACCUGGAAGGUGUUGACAUUUGUAGUGUACUACCGUAUCCAUUUAAACUUGAAUCUUGAGGCAAGUGCUAGGCAAUGGCCAAACAAUUGAUCCCAUCCGCUCUGGGAAAAUCCCACCCUGAAACCACAAGCACUUAUGAGAUUUCUGUCGUCUUUGAUUCGAAUCAUCUGUUUUAUGACUAUGAACAACUGUCUCCCAAAAGCUGGGACAUCGGACAAGGACUGUUUCAGGCUCUGCUCCAUUUCCAAUUAAUUAGACUGACUUUGAAGGCUCAUUGAACGUUCUUGAGCAUUUAUACCCAAAAGAGGCUUAUUCAUAGUGGUGCUAAUGGUUUUAAACCAGACAAUGUAACCUUAUCUCUGAGAGAUACUGGAUACAGUCACAGUGACCACAAAGUUAGUCUCCCAGUCCACAAAGCGACUCUCGCUAAUUCCACCAUUUACAGUGUUGGCUCUCUUGUUUGUGAUCUAGAUUGUACUCUUUGGGAUGACAGAAAUAGCACAAGUUCAACUGUACUGUCGUGUUUUAGGGUGAAUUUCCCCCUCAGUCCAAAUCAUUGCCAUCUCACCCACGCUCAUUGCUAAAUAUAUACAUACAAUUGCAAUAUAUAUGUGUAAAGAUGAAUAUAUACUUGCAAUUUUCACUCAUUUGAACUUGUCUGAACAAUGUUAGACUGGAGACCUCAGCUGUAUACAGAAUAUCCCUCACACAGCUACACCCAGGUUCAUAGUUGUCAUUAUUAGCUUACGUUCACCAACACGAGAGUUCACCCCUGGCGUGUUGUCGAGUUUGGAGCAGACCGCAUGGCCUAGAGGAGAGCCUGGAAGCUCUUCAGACUGCAUGGACGGCAGUGUGAGGCUCUGCUGUGCUUCCAUGUUUCUGCAGCCUGAGCACAGAGCUCUCUUCACUGCUGUCUGCCCAUUCCUAACACUUGCCCCUUUUUUUUAUGUUAACCGACUUUUUAUGGCGAGAGACAGACAGACUUGACUGACAUCUGAAAGCAUCUUUCAGGUUAUCAUAUGGCUUGCUUAAGCCCUGUUGUAAAAUAUACAAAAAAAAAACCCUAAUAAUAAUAAUGGAUGGGGGUCUCUCACAUAUCAAAUGUGGAAAGUCUAAUUUUAUAUUUGUAUUUUCAAAUAAUAAUAUUGACAAAAAAUGUCUGUGAAAGGUUUCCAUCCUCUACUGUGGUCCAGAAAUUGAUGUGUCUGUCUGGAAAAUAAAUAAAAUAAACUGAAUUGUUAUAUUA